UCGGCUUGUUGCUCUCUCUCAUUCUUUUUGUUUCGUGACUACUUUUCUUUGGCUAUCUACUUUACUUUCGUCAAACAUUCAUUCAAUUUUUACUCUUGCUUAUAGCUUACGCUCAAAGUUUCCUGCAAGCCAAAAUGAAGGUCCUUCAACUCCUCUUCGUCACCCUACUGACGAACGCCUUCAUGGUCGCCGCCAACAAUGGUGGUGAUGAUGAUUGCGCUGCCGCCGAGGAAAAGUGCAUUAGAGAUUGCCAGGCCCAGGGUGUUAAAGGGAUACCCAAAGAGAACAGUUGCGGAAAUUUGAACGGGGAAGGCCCAAUAACCACUACCUGCAAAUGCAGGUAAACUCGAUAACCAUUCAAAUUCAGGAUGUUGUGGGCCGGCGUGGCCCGCUAGUGGGGCAGAGCAGUCAAUGUACAUGGUCAGGACGGGUGGUUUUCCCAUUGGCAGAUCGAGUCUAUUGCAGCAUAAACUCUUUUGAUCUUAUUACGAGAGCAAAUCUUAUAGGGAGGAGUUGGAAAAACUUCAAGAGCCAUCCUGGGUUCCCUGCAAUACAAUAUGUCUGCCAACCUGAUCUUCAAGCCCGGGGUCUUCUAUUUGACUCGCCGGCACAAUGCGGUGAAUUGGUUUUUGACAGCACUGUAAUAUCAAUGCGAUACAAGUCGGCAGGCAAACAACAGAUCAAGCGAGCAGUAGAAGAAAGUGCCCACCCAAAGCCACCAUUUGUCUGUAACCAGCGGAACAGAGAAGCAAGUCGGGCGGUCUGGGUAACGCUGUCGAAUGACGGCCAGCUCAUCGCGCGUUUGGCUGGAACAAAUGCCUCCGCGUCUGUUGCCACGACAACCGAUAUUGCAGCGUUGUGGCGUGACGUAAAGGUGCAGCGGGGCCGAGACCUGGGCCACGGGCUUGGGUUGAACAAAGGCAUUUUGAUCAUUAAUCAGCGCUAG